UGCUUCGUUCACUAGUCACGACAACUUCGCCACGUUUGUAUCUGUGAAUUACCGCCAUGAGCUUUUUAAGGCGACUGAUUCCACGUUCGAAAGUUGAUAUUAAAGACAAAUUUGUUUUAAUUACGGGUUGCGAUUCCGGUUUCGGUCAAGAGACAGCCGUUCGACUGGAUAAGAUGGGGGCUUGUGUGUUGGCGACUUGUUUAACGAAAGAAGGUGAACAAAGUUUGAAAUCUGUGGCGAGCGAUAGAUUGAAAACUUUCCAGAUGGAUGUGACUAGUUCGCAACAAAUUAGGGAGGUCUACGAAGAAGUUGAAAGAUAUAUUCCUUAUAACACAGGAUUGUGGGGCCUCGUAAAUAAUGCUGGAAUCGCCUAUCUUGGUCCCAUCGAAUGGACACCGCUGGAACAUUUUAAACGCACCGCCGAUGUUAAUCUUUGGGGGACGAUUGACGUCACUAAAACUUUUCUACCGCUGGUGAAAAGAGCCCAGGGACGAGUUGUAAAUUUCUCAAGCGUUCUCGGUCGAGUAUCCCUUACACUACUAGGAUCUUACGCAGUAACAAAGUACGGUGUGCAAGCAUUUUCAGACGCUCUCAGACGAGAGAUGAAUCCUUGGGGAAUAAAAGUUAGCAUUGUGGAACCCGGUGGAUUCCGUACUGAAAUUACUAGAGCACGCUUAGGACAGAGACAGCUCCAAGAAGGCUGGAAUGGAUUGAAUGAUGAACUAAAACAAGAGUAUAUGGAAAAAGGUAUUAAAUUGUUUCUUCCAAUGCGACCUUCACCUCAUACCUAUAAAAUUGUCGACGGCGUUGUCGAAGCUUUGACGUCAGAGUCACCACGUGACCGAUACUUGAUUGGUUUGGACACCCCGGUUUACGCGUGGUUGGCAAGGUUACCAGCUGUUUACGGAGAUGUCAUAAUCAAGCUUUUAUCUAUUACGCUUCCAUUGCCACCGAAAAUUACAAAAAAUAAAGCUGUAAAAUAAGUGAGCAGUGAACUGAGCGGCAAUCAACACUCUUUCUUGAUAUUUUGAACUGAAUUUGAAGUAUCGAAAGGCUCGGAACUGGAAAAUAAAAUCAAAUACUCAAAGAGUCACUGAAAAGCUCGUUAUCCUCAGUUGCGAGAUUGCCAAAUUGCAAGUUCUUGUCAAUCACCUACGUUCACGACAAUCCACGAUGUGAAAACGGUUCCCGAAUUUAGUUCUAUGGUUAGUCACAGAAGCUUAUAACCUGUAGGUCAUAAGCUUCUGCCUGUAACCAUUAGCGUUUGUAUCUGCAAUUGCAAGGCUAAGUAUGCUUACACGUUUUUACUCUCAACAUCUUUGCCAUACUUCUUUUUCAAAGUCAGGAAUUCACGAACAACUUUUUCUAUUAAGCCAUCAUAAAUUGAUGCUCCGGUGUUCAAAUGGUGCUUUCAAGAUAUUUCUGACUUCUCGUUGUCAUUUUCAUUUAGUGGUUUUGAUCUGCACUUUAGGAGUACGACUGUAUUUUAACCCUUUAACUCCCAAGAUUUCAUUAGUAAUUCUCCUCACUGCCUGCCAUACAAUUUAUGUGAUGUUGGUUUGGAGAAUUUGGAAUUGGAUCAACCACUAAUCCCCUAAUUGAUAUUUUUCUUUAUUCUCAUUACUUGUCUGCUUGAGAUCAAACUGAUAAUGUAAGGAGAAAUUCUGUCGAGGUCACUAGUGGGAUUUAAAGUGUUAACAAAAUAUAGCUCUUUGUGUUGAUCAUUUUAUUGCCUGGGUCAGCUGGGUAACAAAGUUUUUUACCUUUUUAACCGGGAGUAAGGCUCUUAUCAAGUAUGGGAAUUGAAUUUAUAUUUCCAUCCACAAGGCUUGAAGACUGUGAAAUACUAUAAUUGUUUGUUUGUGUGAGUGUGAUGUCUGUAUAGUUUGUGUAUAUAGACCAUAUGAUACCUGUACCUCUGUUAUAAAAGUUUAAUUAAUAAUAACUUAAUCCAGCUCCCUGUCAUUUCUAGCUGAAUAGUUACUCUAGUUGGCUGGUAUCCUCUGAUUAUCAUUAUUAAUUAUCAAUUGUUACAUAUUGUUAAAAGUUGAUGUAGGGUACAAUAAAGUUAUUGUUGUUGUUAGUGCAAGGAGCACUUGCCACUGUGAAAGAUAAAUUGCAGUGACUCAAGGACAGGCACCCAGCUAACAAAUCAAAACUAUUUUGAUCCCAGACAAGGUAUAAAUUGGAGGCAAAGGGAAGAAUCUAUUUCUGACUACAUGAGGUUUACUUGCUGGUGACUUCGAAUAGAUCGCAUGAGUGUUUGAGGCAGUAAAAACAACCAAGUUUCUGUAAAUAGCUUGUAAAGUUGAGUAAGUAUCUGAGCAUAGACUAGUAAAGGGUUAGAGUUUCAGAGAACAAGGAUGGCUCAGUGGUGAUAGCACUUGCCCCCCACCACUGCAGCCUGGUUUCAAUUCCUGGACCUGGCAUCACAUGUGGGUUGAGUUUAUCAUUGCUUCUUGUCCAAAGGUCUUUUCUCAGGGUCCUUCCCUUUUCCUCCCUCCACAAAUAUCAACACUCCAAAUUCCAAUUUGACCUGG